AUGACACAAUUAAAAAGAGUAAAUGAGAGCCGCGAGGCCACAAGAUUCAUCAAAAAACAUAAAAAACAGGUCACCAACCCCAUUGAUGCGAAAAAUAAGACUUCUAACUGCAUAGUGCGUGUUCCCAUUGCUCUUUAUGUCUCUUUAGCGCCAAUGUAUUUAGAAAACCCUUUGCAAGGUAUCAUGAAGCAACAUCUAAAUCCAUUAGUAAUGAAAUAUAAUAACAAAGUUGGAGGUGUUGUGCUAGGUUACGAAGGUUUGAAGAUCCUUGAUGUCGAUCCUUUAAGCAGAGAGGAUGCAUCGGAAAAAUUAAUAAAAAUUACACCAGAUAGCCCCUUCAGUUUUACUUGGUGCCACGUAAAUCUAUACGUUUGGCAACCACAAGUUGGAGACGUUUUGGAGGGUUAUAUUUUCAUUCAAUCCGCUUCGCAUAUUGGUCUUUUGAUUCAUGAUGCAUUUAACGCCAGUAUCAAAAAGAACAACAUCCCUAUGGACUGGACCUUUGUCCAUAACGAGAUCGAAGAAGAUGCCGACGUGGUAAACGGAGAUGAAAAUGGCGGCAAUCAUAAUAGCGAAGAUGACAAGGAUAAGAACAGUGGAGAUAACAGUCUCGGCAAAUUUUCUUUUGCCAACAGAUCUUUGGGCCACUGGGUAGAUUCCAAUGGUGAGCCUAUCGAUGGUAAGUUAAGGUUCACCGUAAGAAAUGUUUAUACUACAGGAAGGGUCGUUUCUGUGGAUGGUACCUUGAUAAGCGAUACGGACGAAGAAGGAAAUGACUAUAGCAGUUCCCGUUCUCAGGCUGAAAGUCUACCUAUAGUGUCGAACAAGAAGAUUGUAUUUGAUGAUGAAGUUUCUACCGAAAAUAAGGAGAGUCACAAGGAACUAGAGUUACCAGAAGUGAAAGAGGACAAUGGCUCUGAAAUUGUAUACGAGGAAAAUACAAGUGAAAGCGAUGAUGAUGAAUCGAGUGAUAGUGAUUAG